CAAGUCCAUGGCUUUGGUAGCUAUGGAGCUAUAGCGGCCACGUACCCGAGAAAUAUAAAGACGGCCGCUUUUGCUGAGAUGAUGGACAAUAUCAUACUGAGAAUCCGACUGAAGGAUUGGUUCAAUUAACCAUGCCUUCACUAAGAAACUUCGUCUAUACGCAAUUUCUUGCCAAAAUUUCAAGGCCUACCGCUUCUUUCGAGGAAAAGACUGUAAUUGUUACAGGCGGCAAUCGAGGACUGGGCAAGGAAACGGUGAAACAUAUUGUGAGCCUAGGCGCCAGCAAGGUCAUUAUAGGUUGUCGCAAUGAGACACAUGGCCUCGAGACGAAACAAGAGAUCGAAUCCAUUACCAAUUGCAGCCCGUCCACACUAGAAGUCUGGGAUCUCGACAUAGAGUCGCCUGCGUCUAUCAGGCGCUUUGCGGAACGCGCCAACCAAUUGUCCCGGUUGGAUGUGUUGAUAAACAACGCGGGAAUAUCGGCUUUCAACUUCAAGGUAGUCUACGACACAGAACGCACGCUCGCUGUCAACACUAUCGGGACGUUCUUGCUUGCCUUGCAGCUCAUCCCCAAGCUAAAAGAGACAGCUCGCAAGUACGAAGUGAUCCCUGUCAUGACUACAGUGGCAUCUGCUCUAUACGACAACGCAAAAUAUCCCGAGCAACACGGAGACGACAUUUUUACGUGGUACAAGGAUCCAUCGCAUGUGAAGAAGUUCAACCAAUACAAUUUAUCCAAGCUGCUGCAGAUAUAUACUAUCCAAAAACUUUCCGCUAUUGUGGAUCCACUCGCGAUAGACAGUCCCCGACCGAUCGUAAUCAAUGCCAUGGAUCCAAUGUUCUGCAAAUCCGACCUGGGUAGCGAGGUAACAGGAGCCGUCAAGGUCCUCGGUGGCAUUUUUAGAAACAUCACAGCUCGCACUACUGAGGAAGGAUCGCGG